AUGAAUUGGGUCCUACGGCUAUUUGUAUAUCUUUGGCUUUGCUCCUACAGCCUCGCGCUUCCAGAGUUUCUGGGUGCUCCCGCUUACUUACCCGGUGUCCACAACCUUAUCAAGAGAAACGACUGCAAGACCGAGACUGUUAUUUCCGGCGAUGGCUGUGGAUCUCUCGCCAAACGUUGUGGCAUUUCAGGGGCCGACUUUACAAAAGCUAAUCUUGUCAAUCAGUCUUCAGGAACACUUCCCGACAUCCGGCCAAAGCCGGAGCCCAACGGGACUUGUGCCUCGUAUACCGUAAAAGAAAAUGAUACCUGUUCCAGCAUAGCAGCAGCCAACGGCCUCAAAUCAUCAGAAGUUGAAGAUUUCAACAAGGUCAAAACGUGGGGCUUCUACAGCUGCGAUAACCUCGGUCUCGGGGUCAAAAUCUGUUUGAGCGAUGGCGACGCACCGUUGCCGGCUCCCCAAAAAGACGCCAUCUGUGGCCCUACGGUGCCUGGCACUAAACAGCCACCAACAGGAACCAAUAUAAGCGACUUAAACCCCUGUCCUCUCAAUGCCUGCUGUAACAUCUGGGGACAGUGUGGCAUUACAGGCGAUUUUUGCGUGCCAACUAAGGGCAAGUUUGGUAACCCCGGUACAGGGCCGACAGGCUCGAAUGGCUGCGCAUCUAGCUGUGGCCGCGAGAUCGUCAACAAUGACGGAACUCCAGGUUCUUUCAUCUCAGUUGGAUAUUACGAGUCCUGGAAUAUGGAUAGACCCUGUUUGACCAUGAAAUCUAAGUCGAUCGCCAGCUUGAAGUAUACACAUGUGCACUGGGGGUUUGGAAAAAUUGCACGAGACAUGAGCGUCAGUAUUGACGACACGCACAAGCAGUGGGACGACUUCAAAAAAUUGAACGCCUCCGGAAUCAAGGUAAUUCUAUCUCUUGGCGGCUGGGGAGACUCGACCGAUCCCGCCACAUAUGACAUUCUUCGGGCAACCAUGAGUACAAAUGGCCGGGAAACAUUCACCAAUAACGUAGCCAAAUUUGCAAAUGACGAAGGGUUGGAUGGAAUUGAUAUCGACUGGGAGUAUCCGGGGGCACCCGACAUUCCAGGAAUUCCCCCUGGGCAGAAAGAAGACGGCGAAAAUUAUCUUGCUAUGUUAAAAAUGCUCAGGAGCAAGCUGGACAAGAGCAAGACUCUUUCUAUCGCAGCGCCCGCUUCUUAUUGGUAUCUAAGGCCUUUCCCCAUUUCUAACAUGUCGGAGGUGGUCGAUUACAUUGAGAACUGCCCAGGAGGCAACUGCUUAAGAAGUCAUGUCAACCUCACCGAAACUAUGGAUGCACUCUCCAUGAUCACAAAAGCCGGCGUUUCUACCAAGAAGGUGGUCGUGGGCGUGGCAAGCUACGCACGCUCCUUCAAGAUGGCGGACCCAAACUGCUCGGGACCCAUGUGCACAUUUCUAGGCACCAACAUCAGCUCUGAGGCCAAGCCCGGAAAGUGUACCCUUACUAAGGGCUACAUCUCCAACGCAGAAAUCAAUAGCAUCAUGAGGGAUAAGCCAGAAAGCAAGACUUGGCACGAUGACCAGGUUGACGCAGAUUUUAUUAUAUAUGACUCAACGGAGUGGGCUUCUUAUAUGACCGACGAAACCAAGCAGUCUCGUAGAGAACGUUGGAAAAACCUUAACUUUGCUGGGACCGUCGGCUGGGCGCUCGAUCUGCAGGAAUUUUCCGAAGACGAAGGCUGUCCAGCAGGAACAUGCGAUUCGCCAGACACGCUCUAUAAUGUAAUCCGCCGUGUCAACUUAUCUUACCCCCAUUCAUCCUCCUAG